CCGUUGGUUUACCAAUUGGCUACUUUGACCAUCUAUAGUGAUAUAACUUCUGUUCGUCCAUCAUGUGUAGUCGUCAGAGAUGGAAGGAUGAAGUCCAAUUGAAGAAUUUUUGUUUGGGAUACCAAGAACCACGCCAUUUUCUGCAAUUUGAGUGGGGGUGGCCGAAACUCUACAUAGGAUGGCGGGCUUUUUGGGCCGCGUACCAUUUGACUUGGAUUAUUGUGAGCGGCUUCUUGAGCUGGCAGUGGACGACUUCCAAAGCGAACGAGAUCAAGUGGUUCAUCUACCUCACUGACUGGACGUACUUCGUGCUCACCCUGGCUGCUCUUCUCGACUUCACAGCUGUCGUUUAUACACACAUAGCAAGAGCAGAUAUAGUUCAAGGACUGACUAAUGAUAUAACGUGGUAUGAGAAGACCGUAUGGGUACUUUUCAACAUUGGGAACUGUGGAAGCGUUGUCGUAUCCAUACUGUAUUGGGCACUCUUAUACUCAGCUUCGACUACCACCAUCACCGCCGUCGACGUUGGGACGCAUGCCUUGAAUUCUGUCUACGUCUUCAUCAACAUGGUCGUGAUAGCCACGCCAGUGCGACUGUACCACGUCUUCCACACCAUGAUCUACUUUCUCACAUACGUCUUGUUCUCAUUCAUAUACCAUAAAUCUGGCGGGACCAGCGGCACGGACAAGCCGUACAUAUACAGCAUCCUGGACUGGGACUCGGCUCCGGGUACCGCCGUCGCCUAUUCAUGUUUGAUGAUUUUUCUAGCGGUUCCCAUCGCACACGUCAGUCUGUUUCUGCUGUACAUGCUACGAGUGGCUGUGUUCAACCUACUGCUAAAUAGAGACACUAUAAGGGACGAAAACGCAAUAAGCAUGAAGGAAAUAGACAAUGCUUGAAUAUGUAUGAGCAGGCGCGGAUCCAGGCGGGGGUCCCCCUAUUUUUGGUUAAAGAAUACACAUUACAGAAUACACGUUAUCCCGUCCCCCUUUCAAGGACCUUUAAAUUCUAUUUUUAAAAACAACAACGGGUUUUGGGCUUCCUCUUAUUAAAAAAAACCCUGGAUCCAUACCUGAUGAGUAUAAGCUACUAGUAUCAGGCACGGCGCGGGGGAGGGGAGGGGGGGGGGGGUGCCUGACAUCGCGGGCGCAAAGAACAACGGUCUCUAGAGGAUUCGGGGAGUAUGCUCCCCUGUAAAGUUUUGAAAACUAUAUGUCCUGAAAUGCAAUUUCUUGCAUUCUACAAGUAAAAUUCAUAUCUGCCUAAAAUUUACUACCAAUAAUAUUUUUGAUUCAGAAUUAUUGGAAAGGGGGGGGGGGGAGCUCGAGCCCCCCGGCCCUCCCUGCUCCAGCCGUACCUGAUGAUAGUAACUGAAGUACUUUCGUUAAAUCAAAUCAUUCGUGUGAUUAUUUUAAUUAUUAUAAAAGUUAGCUUCAGUAACGUAUUCAGUGUAGAGUCUAUAGGGGAUGUCUUGGUAAAAAAAAAUGACCAGGGAACAUUUUUUGCUACACAAUUUUCAGAGAUCGCUACACAAUUUUGAAACAAAACAGUAAUUGCUAAUCACUUUUCAACUGACUAGAAAUAUCGCUAAGAUUUAAAAACUAAAUGGGUUUACCCUUCUAAUCGGAAUUGAAAAACAUACCUUGUUGUUCAAUAAACACAUUAAAAGAAUGCUUAAGCAAGGCUUUUGGGCUGGUAUGCAUAUUCAACAAUAUAUAAUGCACAUUAUUGCUUAAUAUCAACAAGUAUAAUCUUAUAUUUAAUUAAUAAAACGGUUAAA